UGCUCAUUUAAUAUAAUGGCCGUUCAAGCUCAAUACCCUUCAAAUGUCAUUUUAAACAGAAAUGGAGGAGAGGAGAAUGAGUGCCCAUUGCAGACGCAAGCAGGAGGAGUUUCUCUUGAUCAAUCCCAUAUGUUUUUCAACAACGAUUCCGGAUAUAAUAAUCAACGGAGAAGAGGGAGAGAAGUUGCGAUGGCGGCGAUAACUGCGACGCCGAUGAAUUCGUAUUCUUUGCAGACUCAGUUGAUCGACGUUUCUCAGCUACCCCAGCCGAAUGUAGUAUCCACCGGCCUCCGUUUAUCUUUUGACGACCGGCAACAAAAAUUGCAGAAAAUUGUGCCUAUGGCGUCUGAUGAAUUGGUUACCCAGAUCAAACGACAGAGAGAUGAAUUAGACUAUUUUCUUCAAUCCCAGGGGGAAGAAUUACGACGUACUUUAGCGGAAAAAAGGCAGAGACACUACCGUGCACUACUGGAGGCGGCGGAAGAAUCGGCGGUGAGGAGUUUAAGAGAGAAGGAAGCGGAAGUGGAGAAGGCAAAGAGGCUGAACGUGGAGUUAGAGGCACGGGCGGCGCAGCUCAGCGUGGACUCACAGGUUUGGCAGACGAAAGCCAGGACACAGGAGGUGACAGCGGCUUCCUUACAAGAAAAGCUCCAACAGGCUAUAAUGAGCGGUGGAGGAGCUGCUGUUACACGGGAUAGCAUGAGAGGAGAGGAAGGGCGAAAGUGCGCCGGCGGAGGAUUGCAGACGCAGGUGGACGACGAAGAGUCGGCUUACGUGGACCCGGAAAGAGUGGCCGCUUCGGGUCCGCUGUGCAAGGCUUGUUGGAUGCGCGUCGCGGCGGUGGUGUUGCUGCCGUGCCGGCAUUUUUGCUUAUGUACGGAGUGUGACCGACUGGCUCAAGCCUGCCCGAUUUGCCUCACUGUCACGCGUUCUAGCGUCGAGGUUUUUCUUUCUUGAA